AUGUCCCCGGAGGGAGGCUCCGGGCGAGGAGCGAGUGGGACCGCGCCUCCAGCCUCGGACAGCGCCGCCGUCACCGGCUUAACGGCCGCCCCGCCCCCUCGUCCCCUCGUCCCCACGUCCGGCCGCCGGCCCGGAAGUGGCCUCGCCCGGAGGACCGGCGCACCUGCGCGGCGCACCUGCCACGUCCCUCGACCUCCUCCGCCCGGGGGCGGGGCGCGCUCGCCGCCGCACCUGCCGAUGCGCGCAGGAUCAAAGCGCCAGGAAGGCAGCUAUUUUUGUCCCCAGGGCCUAGAACUGUUUCAUCGGAGGCGAGCUGCCCCUGGAAGAGGCAUGACUUUGGGUGACAGAGUUUUCUUCAGCGGAGACGAUCCCAGAGCGGGUCCAACAGCUGAGCGCUGUCUUGCAGCCGCACUCCAGCAGCCAUCCCGGCAGCCGCCCCAGCCCGGUAACAGGCAGCCUGACUUAUGGCCCACCGAACAUGCAUUGUACAUCAGCUUCAAACAUUUUCCCAAAGCAAAGAAUGCCCUCUUGAAAGAUAGGGGUGCAUGUUUCCCUUACUCUGACGCCAGUCCCAGUACUUCUUUGAAGAUAAGCUUCUCUUCCCAGAGAACCAAGGUCAAGGUGACCUGCUGUGUAUAUGCUAAACUGUGGCAAAACAUCUUGUGACUUUGGGAGAAAAAAAUUGUAUUCCUGUUAUGCUUGAUGUAUGUUCUUUGUUCUAAAACGGUAUACAGCCAUGCUGUGAACUGUGCUUCUCCGGAGUGCUUUCUUCCCUGGGGGAGAGAACACUUCCGGGCUAGUUCUCACAUUUGCUCAUUAAAUAUGUCUCUUAUCUAUA